AUGGGUAAACGCAAGAAGUCAUCGCGCGGACCAACCGGGCCCAAGAAGCGCGAACCUCUAGCGACAUCGUUCCGAUGCGUUUUCUGCAACCACGAGACCUCCGUCUCCGUCAAGAUCGAUAAGAAGGCUGGGGUGGGCAAUCUCAGCUGCAAAUCAUGCGGACAAGCGUUCCAGACUGGCAUCAACUACCUCACACAACCCGUCGACGUCUACUCAGACUGGAUCGACGCCUGCGACGCCGUAGCCAAGGACCAGACCCCCGCAGCAAGGCCAGCCAUGCCACCAGCCGCGCGACAGCGAGUCGCGAACACAUCUGCGCGCGCGGGUCUUGCGCCAGGCGAGAAGUACACCGAGGAAGAUGAAGGGUUUAUAGUUGAUGACGAAAGAGAUGACGAAGCAGAGUUUGCUGAUGAGUGA